AUGGAUGGGGAGGUUGAUAUGCACGAGCAGCUUCUGGACCGCCGACUCCAGCUAACAGAAGCCCUGGGCAGCCUUCCCUAUGAUCUGGUCCAUUACCUCGAGCGUGCUGUAGUCCAUUCCGAUCUGGGCUAUCCCGACCUCGCAGCUGGCGAUGCCUAUCGCGCACUCUUACUUUCCGAUGAGGUCGCCAACGAAGGAUUCGAGUACCAUGAACAGGCCCUCGAGAGCCUCCAAAUGCACGUUGGCGUUGCGCUCCCCGAGGUCCUCAGUUUUGGCUCGUUAAUCAACGAGUGGUCGCUCACCCCUGGGUCCAACCCCGAUGGACCAACCGAGGCAGCCACCAUGAAAUUGGCCACAAUCGCAUCCAUACGGGCCUAUCAAAUACUCUCCUUGAGUUUGCUUCUCUGCGGGUGCCUCAGGAGUGCUGCUACCUUUUGCGAACGCGGGCUCAACUUGGCCCCUUCGAACCGCGAAUUGCUCGAUGUGCAAAGCCAUAUCCAUACGGUAUCUAGUCGCAAACUUCAUAAGACUGGCAUUAAUAUCAAUGAUCUUCCCGACAACGGCCUAGUCAGAAGGGAAGUCUACCCUUGGAACAAUCAUGAGCCCGAUCGCUUCUCGGAUAAGUCUCUCGGCGCUCUCAACGCCGAUCUAGAAGCAAUGGCACCCAAGUGCGAGGUCAGAGUGGCCACGCUACCCGUGUUGUUAGAUGGAGCAAGCGAGACGGACAAAUACGACAUUAUACCUACCUGCAAGCAGCUCGGUGUAUUUGCCAAGGAGGACAUCGCCCCGGGAGAAGCCGUGUUGCGGGAAUACUCCCUGCUGACCGCGAAUAACCGACUAAAGGACCCGGUCUGUGAUGCCUGCAGCUCCGAUCUCCCACCACUCGGCAGUGAACAAGAAGCCGUCAACUGCGAUGAAUGCUAUGACACUGUUUUUUGCAGCCAGGAUUGUCACGACCAAGCCCAGGAGCGCUACCACCCCUCCGUAUGCGAAAAAGAUGUAGAUGCUAUUGCCAAGGACCCCGAAGCUUUCGAAGCCGGCGAAACCCUUUACCUUCUGCUCCUCUCCCGCGUACUUGCCCUGGCUGCUCAUCAAGAAAUACACCCCCUCGAAGUCCGCGAGGUGAGAUUCAUUUGGGGAGAUUUCGUGCCCUCCAGGUUCAAUGACAUCAACCCAUCGCCAAAUGCGGGCCCGCCUCCAGAAUGGACACUCCCCUUUUCUUUCAAGUAUAACAUCGAAACCCCGCUCCACGUACUCGAGAAGAUGGACGUGGAUAUCUACACCACUCUCGCCAAAUAUGAUUUGUGGGUACUGAACACCCUUUAUGCCAAGUUCAGAGGGACGGCGUCGGCUCGGAAAAGCCUUCGAGACGGAAGGCCAGAUGUUGCUGCUGUCCAUCCAUACUGGUGCUUGGCCAACCACGAUUGCAACCCAAAUGUAACCUGGGAAUGGGGUGGCCAUAUGGUUCUAUGGGCUAAGAAAGAGCGAAUAGGAGGGAAAGAAGGCGGGAUCAAGGCCGACGAAGAAAUACUAAAUCACUAUUGUGACAUCAACCUCCCCGUUCAACAACGACGUGAAUGGGCCCUGGGUAGCUUGGGCGGCUGGUGUAUGUGCCAGCGUUGCCGUGACGAAGCAGCAGUCGCAGGUGUGAAGGCCGAAACUAACGGAGUAUAA